AUGGCCGUCAAAAACGCUAACAAUUCGGGCUCGAACCGCAACCCGUCCAACUCGGCCUCGUCGCUCGUGUCGACCCUGAUCCCCGCGCUGCUCAUCGCCUGCGUCUUCGUGGUGCUGUUCCUCAUCUUUCGACGCAAGCUGCACCGCCUCUACGCGCCCAGGUCCUACGUCGGCAGUCUUGAAGAUCGCCAGAAAACCCCCCAGGCCCAGACCUCGCUGUUCGGAUGGAUCAAGGACUACCGCAAUACUCCCGAUGAGAUAGUCCUCAACGCCGACUCGCUCGAUGGAUACCUGUUCCUGCGCUUCACCAAGGUCGUGGUGGUCAUCUGCUUCGUGGGAUGCUGCAUCACCUGGCCGGUGCUGUUUCCUGUCAACAUCACAGGCGGUGGUGGAAAGAAGCAGUUGGACAAACUCUCUUUUUCCAAUGUUGACGUCAAAACCCAUGCGACCCGCUAUUACGCCCAUGCAUUGGUCGCCGUCGUGUUCCUGAGUGCUAUUAUGGUGGUCAUUGCACGUGAGUGCUUCUACCUCAUCAACCUGCGCAAAGCCUACCUCCUGUCCGCCUGGAACGCCAGCCGCAUCUCCUCGCGCACCAUUCUGUUUACUUCCGUUCCGAACGCCGACCUCAAUGAGGAGGCCAUCAGGGCCAGGUACCCAGGUGCCAGGCAGGUCUGGAUCCCGACCGAUUGCAAGGAGUUGACCAAGCUUGUCGAAGAGCGCGACGAUACUGCUAUGAAGCUAGAAGGGGGAGAAAUCCGACUGUCCAAGGACGCCAACGCCAACCGUCUCAAGGCUGAGAAGGGCAAGAAGCAUUACGAGAGCAACGAGGAGGGAGGUUUCCCGUACUUGAACCCUAAGGAUCGCCCAACCCACAAGCUCAAAUUCCUCAUCGGCAAGAAGGUCGACACCAUUGAAUAUGGACGGACUCAUCUGACCGAGCUCAUCCCAAAGGUCCAAGCAGGUCAGGAUUCGCACUGGAAUGGCAAGGAGAAACAUGUUACCGCUGCCUUCGUCGAGUUUAACACGCUCACCGACGCUCAAGCCGCCUGGGGCGCUUCGCAGAACAAACUCAACAAGGUGAAGGGAGGUUCGCCGAUCGGUCGCCAGAUGGGCGUCCUUCCCGGAGAAGUCAUCUGGAAGAACUUGGGCAUGAAGUCCGCAAUGGUAACAAUCCGACACGCACUCGCAACGGCAUUCAUCGUGAUUAUGAUCAUUUUCUGGGCUAUCCCGGUUGCCGUCGUCGGUAUCAUCUCGAACAUCAACAACAUCACUGAUAAGGUUCACUUUCUGUCUUUCAUCAACGAUAUCCCGAGCGUGAUUCUAGGUGUUGUCACCGGUCUCCUUCCAGUCGUGCUGCUUGCGGUUCUCAUGUCGUUGGUGCCUGUCGUUUGCCGAUUCGCCGCUAAGCUUGGAGGGGCCAUGACUCUGUCCCAAGUCGAACUACAGUGCCAGUCCUGGUACUUCGCUUUCCAGGUCAUCCAGGUCUUUCUCAUCACUACUUUCAGCUCCGCGGCUACAUCCGUCGUUACCAAGAUCAUAAAAGACCCAGGGACAGCCCCCAGUCUGCUUGCGACCAAUCUGCCGCUGGCAUCCAACUUCUACAUUUCCUAUUUCAUUCUGCUUGGUCUUAGUUUCAGUUCCAAAGCCCUGUUCAACGCAGGUGGCUUCGUCAUGACCCACGUCCUAGGCCGAUUCUUCAUGAAGAACCCUCGCAAGAUGUACACCAAGUACAUCACUCUAGCUGGCCCGGCUCUAGGUUCUACCUACCCCGUCUGGACUAACGUCGGUGUAAUCGCCAUCACAUAUUCCUGCAUCGCCCCGCUAGUCAUGGGCUUCGCAUUCGUCGGUCUCGCCCUCGUCUACCUCGCCUUCCGCUACAACUUCCUCUACGUUUUUUCCACCAACAUCGACACCAAGGGUGCCACCUACGCCAAGGCCCUACACCAGCUCAGCACCGGCGUGUAUCUGUCGGCCAUCUGCCUCAUCGGCCUCUUCGCCAUCAGCAUCGCCUCCAACCGCGCCGCCAUCGGCCCCUUGGUCAUCAUGCUCGUCUUCCUCAUCGUCUGUAUCGCCUUCCACGUCUUCCUUAAGAUGUCCCUCCGCCCCUUCCUCAACUCCUACGCCGAGACCGACGACGGCAUGCCCACCGCCACUCCUGCCCGUGCCGAGGAAUCUACCGCCGAAGGCGAGUCGCCCAACGAGAAGGGCAGCGAAGUCCAGAUGGCGCCGCAAGCCUCGUCUGGCGGUUAUUCUAAGCCUGGCAUUCUCUACCGCCUGCUUGCGCCCAAGAAGAAGAGCGUCGAGGCGUGCAGGGCUAUGUUGCAUGAGGAGCUUAACCGCCCGCUCCCGCCCCUAUCCGCCGAAGUCGAGAAGAAGGCGUUCUGGAACCCGGCCGUUACGAGCGAAACACCGAUUCUGUGGAUCGUGAAGGACGAGAUGGGAAUUAGUGCGCGUGAGGUCAAGGAUACGAUCAAGGUGUUACCCAUCACGGACGAGGGGGCGCAGUUCGAUGAGAAGAAUCGUGUGGUGUGGGAUAUAGAGAAGGUGCGGGAUGUACCGAUUUGGGUUGAUCAUCCGGUUUAUUAA